AUGCAGGCCUUUCUAAAAGGUGCCUCUAUCAGCUCUAAACCACCAUCAGCCAAGGACCGAGGAGUCGCUGCCACUGCAGGAAGCAGUGGAGAACACAAGAAGGUCAAACAUAUCCCAUGGGUGGAGAAAUAUCGACCAAAAUGUGUGGAUGAAGUUGCUUUUCAAGAAGAAGUAGUUGCAGUGCUGAAAAAAUCUUUAGAAGGAGCUGAUCUCCCUAAUCUUUUAUUCUAUGGGCCACCUGGAACUGGAAAAACAUCCACUAUUUUGGCAGCUGCUAGGGAACUCUUUGGGCCUGAACUUUUUCGAUUAAGAGUUCUUGAGUUAAAUGCAUCAGAUGAGCGUGGAAUACAAGUAGUUAGAGAAAAAGUGAAAAAUUUCGCUCAGUUAACUGUGUCAGGAAGCCGUUCGGAUGGGAAGCCAUGUCCUCCUUUUAAAAUUGUGAUUCUGGAUGAAGCAGAUUCCAUGACCUCAGCUGCUCAAGCAGCUUUAAGACGAACCAUGGAGAAGGAGUCUAAAACCACACGAUUCUGUCUCAUCUGUAACUAUGUCAGUCGAAUAAUUGAACCUUUGACCUCUAGAUGCUCUAAAUUCCGCUUCAAACCUCUCUCAGAUAAAAUUCAACAGCAGCGAUUACUAGACAUUGCUGAUAAAGAACAUGUCAAAAUUAGCAAUGAGGGAAUAACCUAUCUCGUUAAAGUAUCAGAAGGAGACUUAAGAAAGGCCAUUACAUUUCUUCAAAGUGCUACUCGAUUAACAGGUGGGACAGAGGUUACAGAGAAGGUGAUCAUGGACAUUGCUGGGGUGAUACCAACUGAAGCUAUUGAAGAUCUAUUUGCUGUAUGCCAGAGUGGAUCUUUUGACAAACUAGAAGCUGUAGUAAAGGAUUUAAUAAAUGAGGGGCAUGCAGCAACUCAGCUGGUAAACCAACUUCAUGAUGCUGUUGUAGAGAAGGAUGAUCUUACAGAUAAGCAGAAGUCAGUCAUCACAGAAAAACUUGCUGCAGUAGACAAGUGCUUGGCAGAUGGUGCUGAUGAACAUUUGCAACUGAUCAGCCUUUGUGCUACUGUGAUGCAGCAGCUUACCCAAAAUUGUUAAAGAAAAUUUACCAAGUGCGCAUUUUAAUGUGAAUAUACAAUUUAUUAAACAUUCAAACUUCA